ACAUUAACGGUGAACAUAGCUUAGCGGCGUAGAUUCCGAGGCUCCCUGAACGCAGCCUUUUCACCGCAUCAACCUGCCCAGUUUAUAAUUAGCCGUUGAGUCCGUUUGUCUUUCAUACAGGUGUGUGUCCACUCGUCCUUUGGGGUCAAAUGCAGAAAACUCCAGAUGAGGAACUAAAUGGCCGGUGACUCACAACGGACCGGAAUGUAUGUGGAAAACAAAAAACAACAAGUAACGGUAACAUGUUAGCCUCAGUAGGACAGGUGCUUUUCGAUAUUUGAAACGUUAGCAGCGUUGUUGUGCUACAGAAAUCCGUGUUUCGGCUUCACGAAGACAACAUAAAAGGACUUAAUUUAUCAAGAUAAUACAGUUCAACCCCUCAAUGGUUUCUGUACCUGAGUUGUUUACAUGCCGUGUCCAUGGGUGUAAUAACGGACUAAUAUAGAUCAACCAGAUACCUAAAGAGGUUGGAGCUCCACAUCAGGAAUCCUGCAGCCUCCUCCCUUCCCCCUCCACCUGCUCACCCCACUCCUAUCCCUCUCUUUGCUGUUUACACCUUCCACCUUUAUUAUCUCCUAUCCCCACAACUUCCUCCUUUUCCAUUUCCAUCCAUUACGGACAUGGCCCAGGCCCAGUCAGAGCAAUCCAGCGUCCUGCAGGAGGAGCUCACCUGCCCAGUGUGCCUGGACUUGUACCGUGACCCACACUUGCUUCCUUGCGGUCAUAACUUCUGCAAGAACUGCCUAAACCGCUUAAAGCGACAAGCAGAUCGAGGUCGCUUCCGCUGCCCCGAGUGCCGCGACUCCCACCGGUGUGGCCUCAACUUUCAGAAAAACUUCAAACUAGCCAAUAUUGCUGACGACUACCGGCAAAGGCGCAGUGCCAUCUCUGCGGCUGCUGCAGCUUUAAAAUCCAGAGAGUCGCUGUCGUCUCUUUCAGUGCAGCAAGGCAAGUGUCCGUUUGCUGUUCCCUGUGACUACUGCCCCUCAGUCGCCGCCGAGGCAUCAGGUGCUUUGGGGGACACGUCUUCUGCUGCUUCAGGGUCUGUGGAUGGGAUGGACAAGCAGGGAGCUGCCGCUGUGUCAAUGUUUGCCAUCAAGACGUGCCUGAAGUGUGAGGUGUCUAUGUGCCAGGAGCAUGUAAAGCCACAUCUGGAGCUGCCGGCGUUCCGCGAGCAUCCGCUGACAGAACCGAUGAAUGACUUCUGGAAGUGGAAGUGCCCGGAUCACGAUGAGAUAUACAGAUAUUACUGCAUGGACGACCAGAUGUGUGUGUGCAACGCCUGCACCAUAGAAGGAGGACACACAGGACAUACCAUCAAGACCCUGAAGAACACGAUGAAAGAUCUCAAGCAGGGCACGCUGGACAAGCAGCUGUACAGGGUUGAGAGGAAGUACAGCCUGGCAGAGAAAAAACUCCAGGAGCAGAAGGAGAAGGAGGCACAGAAUAAGAAGUUUUUGGACGACUCUGAGCAGUGUUUGACCCGGCUGGUCGACGAGCUGAAGGCCAAAGUUCUCCGCUUCGUCACCAGAUUGCGGGAGUGCACGCGCACUCACUGUGACACCAACGGGCCGGCGAUCCAGAAGAACAUCUCCAAGAUCUGCCAGGACCAGGCCCGUCUGCAGGAGGUCCGCUGCAGCCUGGAGAACCUCCUGCAGGAGAACGAACCUUUCCGCUUCAUCGAGGCAUACAAGACAACAGGAAAGCAGUGUCGUAGGAAACUGAGGAAAAACAUGUUCUACCCGGAAUACGUGGACAUGGAGACAGAGGUCAUACAUGUGAUGAUGGAAGAAGAAAUGAGGAAGUUCCUUGCUGAGGAACUACCGUUUCACAUCAUCGCCGUCAUCAACUCCCUGUGUCAUCUCUCAGACCUGGAGGAAGACGAGGAGAACGAGGAAGAAGCCGCGGAGGAUGAUGACGACGACGACGACGAGGACGACGACGACGAUGACAGCAGCGUGGAGGAAAUGAGGAGCGAGGGGGAGGAGGAAGAUGAGGAGGAAGACGAGGAAGAGGAGGUGGAGGAAGAAGACGACAACGACGAUGAGGAAGGACACAACCAGAGUGGGCCUUACGAUCUCUACAUCCCAGAUGAGGAGGAGGUAGAGGAAGAGGAGGAAGAGGAGGACAGUGAUUCAGAAGAGGAGGGUGAGGAAGAGGGAGUUGUUUAACCCAGGAUUUGUAAACGUAUAUAUUUUUACACUUAUUAAAGCACUUUGGACUUUAACUGUGGAUUAGUUUUUGAAUGUGCGCUUCAGAAGUCGUGCAGCUACCACAUUUUGCCUCCCACAAUAUUCUGUAGCGACACACUGGAGGAGACCGGCGCUCCGGUUCAUCUGUGGAGCUCAACCCGUGUUGCAAACUGCAUCAGGUGCUUUACAGUAGGAGACGUCUACAGGCAGAAGUGAAUGUAAAACGAGAGAAUGUGGCUGGAAGGACUCAAACGGAACAUGACGAGACCUCUGCAUGUCUGCAAUGCCGGAUUUUUUUAACACUUUGGUUAAAACUUUAUGAUCUAACCUGUUGAACUUUUGAUAUAACAAGAGGUGCUCAGCAGAGAGAGCUUCUGAAACUCCUUGUAUUGAGUAAGCAUAAGUGUUUGAAUUCCUGUGUGUGUGUGUGUGUGUGUGUGUGUGUGCUUAGCAUGACAUUAGAAAAGAAAUGCUAUGUGCUAAUAUGAGGAGCUUGCGUUUCAUAGUUGUGCUUUAAAAGCAGUUCAUACUUUGUUUCAAAAGAAAAUGUCCUAUGCACCGUUCAUACUUUAUUCCCAAAUAUCAGUUUCAGCUGAUGAGGAAUUUUGCACUUUGCUACUAAAGCUUGCUUUGUUAGGCCUGAAAAAUAUGAAUGUUAAAGGCUGAUGUUUAUUUUGAUACGGGUGGCUUUGUGAGGGGCCAAAAUGUAUACAUAAUAAUAAUAAAGCUUAUCAAAAUGUG